AUGGGAAGCGCCGAGACGCAAUCAUGGCUGCAGAAGCUCGACGAGCAAUUGAACGUUGACGUUGACUGGAUGGACCCGGCCUUCUCCAAGAGAAUGGCGAGCGAAUUCGGCGUCAAGCCCUACGAUAUGACGAGCAACAACCUCUGGGUCAACAUCCAAAUGUCGCACCCCGACAACAAGGAGUUGUUCGAGAACUCGGUCAAGGAGCUCAAGAAUGAAGGCUGGCUCGCCAUCUACAAUCGCAUUGCCGUGGGCCUAUGCAAGGCAAACAUCGACAACAUCAAGAACCGUGUCGCGCUCCAAGUCAACCCCCAUAAGGCGUACGACACACAGGCGGUGUUGGACCAUGCGCGUGCUUAUGCUCGCGAGUUCGAGAGAGCCGGCAUUCCGAAAACGAAAUACUUUAUCAAGAUUCCUUCCACUGGUCCGGCGUUGAAUGCGGCCCCGCAACUAGAGGCUGAGGGUAUUCGCACUCUCGGUACCGCUCUGUUCAGCUUGGCUCAAGCCAUCGCGUGCAGCCAGGCUGGUAUGCUGUACAUCAGCCCAUACUACAACGAGACCCGCGCACACGACGAUCUCAGCCUCUGGCCAGAUGUUGAGGACCCAGCGACACAGCACACCAAUUCGGCCCGCGUCGUCCAGAUCAUUGAUACGUACAAGCGCCUGUACAGGGAGACUGGAAAGGAGCAGCCGUUUGUGAAGAACGCGAGCUUUAUCUCACCAAAGGAAGCCAUGGCCGCAGGCGAGAUGGGCUGCCACUCUGCCACGAUCUCGCACACCUGCAUUGAGCAGCUAGCGAAGCUCCCAUACGACGGUACGAAGCAGCCAGGAGCCGGCGUGCCCAAGCCUCAGCACGUUUACAAGGACGCUGGUCCGAUUCCGGAACGCCUGAAGAAGCUGGCUAAUAUCGAUCCUCUGGCAUCGGCAGAGUGGGACGGCAAGCUUGCGAGCACGGAUAUCGACUACCUCGCAAACAACGGCGCCGAACUGGAGAAGGCGAUUAAAAAGGACCCCGUUACUGUUGAGAGGCUGGAUAUUGCGCUGAAGCUGUUCCAAGGCGGCAUUGACGAGAGCCGAGCUAAGAUUGAGAAGGCGAUGAAGGAGUUGUAGGUUUGCGCUCCGUACAGGCCUUCAGACCUA